AUGGUCAACCUCACUUAUUUCAAAGGCGCAAACCGCGUUCCAACGUUCUAUUCACCGAAAAUAGAAGAAUAUUCAUCAGUGAUUGCUUCCUACAUUAUGGUCCUCGUUGGAACGUUAAAUAUUAUUCGUGCUGCAUAUCUUGGAAACAUGAGCGUUCUACCGAAACUCCAAAUGAUGUCUCGGUUGAACGUAAACCUUUUAAGCGCCCAACCGCCUCCCUAUUCAGAUGGUGCAUCCCCCCAGAGGAAUCAUUUCCAAGCAAGAACGGUGAUUGGUCAACAGUCAUAUACAGAGAGGAGCUUUCUUCUUGGAGACAGUGGAAGAGUCACUACAAAAUCUGCCAAACAUCAAGUUGCUUUGCUUUGCGCGCCAGCAAUUAUCUUACUGUGUUUUGGUCUGAUGUUGGGAUUCAUGCUGAACACAGUUUACUAUCAGUCAUGGCACGACAAACUGCUCGAGAGAAUCCAUGAUCAUCAACAGAGGGAAGCGAAGAUGCGUCAGGAUCGAAUCCAAUGGGACCGUGAAGCGGCGGAUAAGGCGGAGCAAGAGAAACGUCACCUAGAGGAAGAGGCACAACAAAGGCGGGAGAUUACCUGGUCGGCUCUUCAGCCACGAAACUGCCUACGUUAUGGAGUGAGAGAGUAUACAGCGGUUUUGACCAAUGUCGCAUCCGGUUUCAAUGCAUUGCAGGAGUGUUACAUCAAACCGAUUGAAAUUCAUGGGAAAGAAUGGAUGCCUACAAGCUGCGAAGAUGAGAGAAUAUGUGGGCAUGUUACAGGUCAUUGGAAGGUUGAUUCCAGCGAGGCGAGCUGCACUCCUUGGUGGAGCUAUUUCAAAGACAAGGGAUGUGUUGAGCCUGGAAUUCGCCGCCAUGAAGCACCGCUGGAGAACCUUCAAAACGGGGAUAACUGGCAAGAGAUGUGCAGUACGACGCCGGCAAUAAUCAAUGGUGUUCACUACAAUGGGCCAACUUCGUGCGCUGACUGGCUUGAUAUAUGUACAUCGGAACCAUUCAAUCUUCAGACAUCGUUCUCGACACCAUUUUCGCAAAAACUGGGGACCAACUAUGUUCCUCAGGAUCAUGAGCGCGUUUACAUUGAAGACAUGAUGUUGGAGCCCGUUUCAACGUCACAAAAACUCAUGGCGGAAAUGACACAUAUUCAAGGAAUUCUGAAUGAUGCACAACAGAAGAGACGUUUUCUUCAAAGUUCUAUCUUUUACCACCGUCGUCUACUCACGCCUUUUCGUUGCUUGCCCGACGACGUUCUACAAGAAAUAUUCUUAUUCUGUCUUCCUACGCGUCACAAUGCUCUUAUGCAUCUUCUUGAUGCACCGCUCCUGCUCUGUCAGGUAUGUCGUCGGUGGAAAAUCGUUGCUUAUCGGACUCCGCGUCUCUGGGCCUCAUUACACAUUCCACUUCCAAUUAAUAUCGUCCCUCCAGCCACCGAUAGUCUGGAAGACAUACAAAGCUACGGCUCCCAUCUCUCGGCAUUUAACUGCAGGAUUGCUCAGCAUUGCGACUCGAUACGUGCAUGGCUUCUCCGUUCAGGAUCGUGUCCUCUCUCGCUUUCACUGCAUCCAACACUCACAUACCCAUUCGAUGCCAAAAUCUUUUUGAAACCUUACCUCGAGACGAUUUUGGAUUUUUCAUCCCGGUGGUUUAAUCUUGAGCUCACGAUUCUAACAGGAGAUUAUUCGACCUUUUUUGCAUCUAUACCGUAUUCGGCGGUUCCCAUACUCAACACAUUACACAUCUCAUUCGUCGAGCAUUGGCAAGGCUGGGGCCACCUUCAUGAUCCAUUAUGGACCUCAAGCAACCUACUUGAUACACCAAAUCUUCGUGUUUUGCAUUUCCACCAUUUCCCAUUCCAAAUACCAUUGCUCGACAUCGACUGGUCCCGGCUGACUCAUUUGGAAAUCCCGGAUCAGCGGAAUUCAUGGCAAAGUAAAGGUCUCACUAUCAAUGAAACGUAUACUUUAUUUUCGAGGUGCCGCAAUCUUAGGCACUGUUCAGUCGACGUUGAAGACACGCCGGAUGCCAAAUGUUCUGGGGAUGAUGUAUCACUGCGAUAUCUGGAAUCGCUUGACAUCGUUGAUGCUGCUCACGCACUCCCAACUCUGUUUAACACCGUCCACUUCCCUUUUCUGCGAUCCAUUGUCUUUCAUACUUUGUUUCGGCCAUCGAUGACUAGGCGAUCCCCCCUCAUCGCGCUUCUGUCUCAAUAUCGAAAUACCGAUAUUUUGGCAUUGACCGUAAAUAUUCAGAUGUUAACUCUUAAUGACUGGAUGGAUGUUGUUCUGCUUACUCCGAAUAUGGAGCGAUUUUCAAGUACAUCUUGCCGGCGAGGACCUUCCGACGAACAGGCAAUUUGGUUACGAACGAUGAAGAAUUUCCCCGUUGACUUUGCCGCAGCCAGCAUCAAAAUGCUGACCCCUGAUAUCAGCGGGCAUUGCGUUUGGGCUCAGUUGACAAGCAUCGACCUGGGCAGCGUUCGUCGACUCCUAGAUGAACAUGUCAUAGAUUUUCUUAUAAAGAGAAUGGAGAGUGCUGAUAAAGGUAAAGCCAAGCGAUUCAAGCGCAUCAACAUUGACUUUCUGCGGGAUCAAGAGGAGGACAUUAUACAAUAUCUGACUCGUUACAUGGAGAUAGAGGAUGGAUUGGAGUUGCACUUUUCAUAUCCUCCUGUACUGGUAGCUAACCCUGGGUAUAUUCGGGCCAGAAAGGGGUUGUUUAAAAGAUACGAUUAUGUCCAACUGUAA